UUGCACAAUUGUUUUUUCGAACCAAGGUUGUUUCGGAAAAUUGUCUCCGCCCCCCGGCGCUGAAUCAUUGCCAGUCUGGCGAGGCGAGAGCAUCUCUCUCCUCUUGACUUCUCGCCUUCUUGGUCGUCUCUCCUCUUGCUAUCUCCGGUCGAGGCUCGGGGGAUCGGGAGAAGAGGUGGAGGCUAGCUGACCGACCGGCCGCCGGCGGAUCCGCCAUGAGCAACGGCCAGCAGGGCGACGUUCCUGGAGGCUACUUCGUUGGCCGUCCAACAAACCACGCGCUGGAAAGGACAGAAGAACCAGCCGCCGGCAGCGGCGGCGGCAGCGGCGAGCACACUCCUGGAGGUUACUUCGUCGGCCGUCCGGAGAACCAUCGCAAGCAGGAGCAAGAACCAGCACAGAAGCCGGCCACAAAACAGAGCACGCCAGGCUUCUUGGCCAAAUGCUGGCCAUGCCUCCCCGGCGGUGGAGCUGCCGACUAGAUCAGGAGCUCCUGCGAGGACUGCAGCAAAUUUGGGAGGGGCUCUAUCUGUGUCUGAGUUGCAACUUUGGAGCUGUGGAAGCUGCUCUUAUUUCUUUUCCUCAUUGUUUCACGUUUGAUAAUUCUUACACGUCCCUGUGCAUCCGUACCACUACUACGAAUUACAAAUUUGAUCCUUCCCAAACAACCAGCUGCAGUAUUUUCUCUCUUUCCUGAAAAAGGAUACUUUUAUUUAAAAAAUUUUAAUUGUGUAUUAUUUAUUUUGAUUUCUUUCAUUGCGAACCUUCUUUUUAUUUUUGGCCGUGAGAUGUCUUUCACGUGUUAUAAUACAUGUAUGUCACUUCAGAUUUCAAAGUUCUUCCAGGUUACUGGGUCA